AUGCACUUCCUGAAAGUUCGGGGAUCGGAAGGCGCGUGUAUAUGGAAGGGGCCGCCGUUCAAGGACGGCGGCGGGCCGAGCGUCGAGGUCGAGAACAUUCGCUGCAACAGUUCCAAGUUCAGCGACGAUGGCUCCGUGCUCAUGAUUAUGAAGGAAGAUUCGGUUAUCAGCCUGUACGAUUGCAAUAGCAAGUUCACGGAGAUCCGCUCAUUCCAAGUUCCCAAUCUCGUGUCCGCUGCCCUGUCUCCUUGUGGAACCUUUGUUCAGACGUUUCAGAAGUCCACGACUCCCCAGGAUAAGAAUGUCGCCCUGUGGGAGACGAAGACUGGUGAUGCUGUGCACCGUCACUUCCAAAAGAAUACGAGCAAAGCCACAUGGCCUUCUAUCCGUUUUAGCUCUGACGAGAUAGUUGCAUGUCGUCUGGCGACCAAUGAGAUACAAUUCUUUGACCCCAAAGAUUUCUCAAAGGGGUUUGUGAAUCGCUUGAGAGUUCCAAGCAUUGCUGCAUUUGAGCUCUCAGCUCUACCGGGAUCCCAUGUUGCUGCGUUUGUUCCCGAGUCUAAGGGGAGUCCAGCCAGUGUUCAGAUAUAUAAUUGCAAGAAGGAAUUGCAAGAUCAGGCUGUUGCUCGUCGGAGCUUUUUCCGGUGUUCUACAGUCCAGCUGCACUGGAAUCGAGGUUCUACUGGACUUCUGGUAGUUGCGCAGGCUGAUGUUGAUAAGACCAAUCAAAGUUAUUAUGGGGAAACAAAGCUCAACUAUCUUACCACAGAUGGGAGCCAUGAGGGGCUAGUGUCUUUGCGCAAAGAAGGGCCCAUUCAUGAUGUUCAAUGGUCAUAUUGUGGCACAAAGUUUGCUGUUGUUUAUGGGUUCAUAUGCAUAGCUGGUUUCGGAAACCUGCCUGGUGACAUGGCUGACUGGAGGCCAGAAUCACCAGAUAAAUUUCCUGAAAUUGUUGACCUUAUCAAGACUGUUGAUUCAUUAGCAAUCAAAGAUGCCAAACCUCAAGGACAAGGGUCAUCAGCCCCUCGGAAAACUCAACCUACUCCUAUGAAGGCUCCUGUAAAACCUGCUGCGUACCGGCCACCACAUGCAAAACAGGCUGCAGCCAUUCAGGCAGAGCUCGCCGAAAGGAUUCAAGAACUUCUGAUUCCCGACUCCAGAUGGAAGCUUGAUAAAAACAGUUCUACUCUUUUCCUUUUGAUCGGCCACAACAUGCUACCAGUUUGCUCUGCGGCCCAUUGUUGUUCUUCUCAGAUUUCGUUCCUGGGAGGCCCAGUGUUCAUUUGCCCAUACCAAAGGGACUCUGAUUUUAAAAGCAUCCUAGAAGACAGAGUUCUAUUACCAUCUUGGAAAGAAAAUCAUCUUCAAAGAAUUUCCUUCAGGACGCAAGUUGCAAAGUCUGCCCACUCCGUCGUCAAAAACAACACUCAAGCAUCAUUAGUGACUUUCGCUGAAAAUAAUUCCUACCUGGAGGAUGCUAAAUGCAGCUUUUAUAAUGAUUGGAGUUCUUUCGGUCAGGCAACAAAUGAAAUGCGGGCAAUAGGAAGUAGAACGGUCCAUUUGGAGCAGUACAAUCUAUCCGCUGCAGACGGAGAGUUGGACCUGACUAGCCUUUCUAGUGAAAACAUUGGGAGGUUGAUAAGACCCGUUGAAUCUGAAACUACAACCUUGAGUAGCAUAGUAAGUGUAAAUGCAAACUUGGAAUCUGCUUCAAGUGCUGUCAGCGGUAGUUCAUUGUCCAGUGCAACAGCUAGUUUUGAUGAUCUUUUAUCAAGGAUACAAGACUCGGUUGGCACGUCAUUGAAUAAGGGGGAGAGUACUGUGACAGACUCACUAGACACAAUCAACUCAUCUCUCACCUCGAUCACUAAAAGUGCUUCUCAAGCAGUAGACAGUAUAUGGAGCAGAGUUUUAUCUAAUAUUGAUCAAUCAGGAGAUUUGGCUAGCAAUAGAUUGUCUGGUUUGUUAAAUAAUUCAAAAGAAGCCACAACCAGACUAACUGGAGUUUCAGCUGAUGCGUUGAGAAAGACGAUUAUUGCAGUGGAGGAUUCUAUUGUGAAGGGGGCUUAUGUCGUUGUUUAUUCUUAUGGCUCUGCAAAAGAAUUGCUCCCUCCAGAGAUAAAAGACGGAGUAAAUGUGACAGAAGACCAAGCUAUUAAGAUUUUGAGACCCAUUGGAACAGCUUUUCAGCAGGUAUUUACUGCUAUUGGUGGGCUGGAAAGAAGUUUUGGCGUAGAUCCUGAAGAUCCAAUUAUCCCAUUUAUUCUUUCUCUUGGAUCUUUGGCAGCUUUAUGGGCUUUUUACUGGACAUGGACAUAUGCUGGAUAUGCUGGAGAUUUAUCUGCUGAAGAAACUUUUGAACUCUUGAAAUCGGAGAAGAAAGCUAUGCUCAUUGAUAUCCGACCUGAGAUUCUUAGAGAGAGAGAUGGCGUUCCUGAUCUCAGGCGAGCAGCUCGCUCUCGCUAUGCCAGCGUCACAUUACCUGAGGUUGACAGCUCAGUUCGCAAGUUGUUAAGAGGCGGAAGAGAAGUUGAGGACUUCUUACUAGCUGCAGUUAUAAGAAACUUAAAAUCUGUUCAGGACAGGUCUGAGGUCAUAAUUAUGGAUGCUGAUGGAUCUGUCUCCAAAGGACUUGCAAGAUCCUUGAGCAAACUUGGGGUUAAGGCAAGUUUUUCCUUUGAAUCCAACUCACAUGACAUAAUUAUUUGCUUAUUGCGACAGAGAGCAUACUUGGUCAAAGGUGGGUUCAAGUCUUGGCUGAAGCAUGACCUCAGAAUCAAGGAACUCAAACCUGAGACAGCGUUAACUGUGCUCAAUGAGGAAGCUGAAGCAAUCUUGGAAGGCGUCAGCGCUGUACAAAUAAUUGGUUAUGGCGUGGGCUUGCUUGGUGCCUCAUAUGCACUACUAGAAUGGGAGAAGACUUUGCAACUUAUCGCCAUUGUUGGACUUCUACAGACAAUCUAUCGCCGCCUCGCUACCUACGAGACAUCAGAGGACCUGAGAAAAGAUGCCAGCUUGUUGCUGGUUCCUGUAAGCCUGGGAACAAGGGCAUUUUCAUGGGCUGCUGAGAAGUUGGAAACCAACGGCAUUGGCCUACCAACAUCGCCUUCAUCAUCCGCCGUUCAAAACAGAGUCCUACAAGCUGCUGCAAAGCACGAAUCUCAACCAUCUUCUUCCGAGGUCGUUGAAGGAACCCAGAAUCCAUCGCCGUCAUCUGAUGUGAACGAGAACGUUGAUCUUUCUGAAGCAUAGAUGAGCUUUGCCUCUUGGUGUUACUGCAGUAAUUGCUACUGAAAUCUGUUAGUUUGGCUUAAAGCCCUCUGUAUUGCAUCACGAUUAUGAAACUUCUGGUGACAAUCUAACACCUCUUGGAUGCCGGAAUUGGCUAUGCGAAAUGACUGGGAAAACUACAUUUGUGCUGCCGCGAUUAUCAUUUCGAAUAUGUUCCAACACAAAUAAAUUACAAGAUUCUAAAAUUCCGAGAACGAUGUCUAAACAGCUGAAUUCCUAUCUGCAUCCAAAAAAUGCUCGUAUAUUGGUACGCCAAGAGUGCACAUUUCUAUGGUACAAAAUUUUCGAACUGCCUUGUAACCUAAGCUUCAACCCAAACCUAACCACUUCUUGAAAGCCAAUGCCGCCUCCCUCUUCUUCUCCUGGGAUUCUGUCUGAAACUUGGGAGCCUUUCCCUUGUACAGUGUCUUGUGGUACUUCAAGAAGAGUGCUCUGUACUUGUACUUGUCUAUGAACAUCUUCUCCUUCUCCAUCGCAUCCACAACCUCAUUAGCUCGGGCAAAGAACCCGCCUCUCACAAAUGUAUAGAGCACGGAGUCGAGGAGUUCCUGAUCAAAUUUCAACGACGUAGUAGCCGAAGCAAUAGACUUCAUCUCUCCCCAGAGUUCAGUCACUUCAAUAUACUUUCCUCCGACAGCUGCAUAGCCAGUCACCAUCGAAUGAAACGUGGCUGCAUUUGGUGUGAGCCCCAGGCUCCUCAUCUUCUUCAGAGCCUUCUCGGCGUCACCCAUCAACCUCUUCUUGGAGAAGAAAUGGAUCACGUUGUUCCAGUCAUGCACUCCUGAGUCCAUACUUUGCCCUUCCCUGAUCUCUCUCAGGAGCUUGGUCAUAAGCCCUGCCUCACGAUUCUCUUCGCAACCCUUGACCAGCAUCUCAAAUUUCGGAUGACCACCUCUAGGUAGCUUCUCCUCUUUCAUCUCUUUGAAUAGGUGGAGGGCUCCUUGGGUGUCCUUCUCGAGAACUCGGGACUCCAUCAGUGCUUCAUAGCUAGUUGAAUCAAGCUGGAUCCCAGCUCGACGAGCUUCUCGAAGGAGAGCCCCAGCAUCACGAGCUCGAUCUGCUGUACAGUAUGCCUUCAGGAGGGAGGCGUAUAUAGAAGAGGGAGCUCUAACUCCAGCCAUACGCAUCUCGUCGACGAGAUCAUGUGCCUGGUCUAGCCAGCCAAGAGAGAUGCAUGAGUUGAUGACGUGGACUAAUGCCGAAUCAUCGUUGGAUGCCGGGGAGUCCUCUUUCUCGGCGUUGAUAAGAAAUGCAGCCAAUUCCUUGAUCUUUCCAGCUUCCAGAAAGGCCUUGACCAGUUUUACAUAAAUCUUCUCUGUCGGCUGAAGAAUGCCAUGCUCAGUUGAAAUCAAUUCCACUUGCACCUGCAAUUUCGCCAACAAAGUUUCGAGCACUUGCUUUGCCUCGGCAUGAAGUUGCAAAAAGUUCCUGUCUCUACAAAAAUCUUGGUAAGAUACAACUCGGUUUGUGUAUUCUCUGUCAUUCAACCUUUCCUGAGAAACCUCUCGAUCGGAUUCCUUUUGAUGUAAGCUUUCCUGAGAAACCUUCCCUUUGGACAGCAGCUUAUUACCAUCCCCUGCCGAAGGAAGUUCAGCCAUUGAAAUAAAGUUUCUUGCUUUCUUUGCCUUCUGCAGCAUCUUCAACACCAUAUCAGAUGCAGCCUCGAGAUCCCCGAAUUUCAAGUGACAGCUCAAUAAGCAAUCAUAGAAUUGGCGAAACUGAGUACUAGUCAAACCGGGUGCUUCAUCUACAUGCCUCUGAAGCUUCUUCAACUCUUCUCUCCUUCCAUUCCUUGAGUAUAUCUGAGCCAUCGUGAUCAACAAACACGCAUUGACUCUAACACCAAGUCGAGGCAUCAUUUCGAGGAGUUGCUCGGCUUUCCUUGUCGUUCCAGCCAAUAAACAUCCAGCAAGAGCAAUGUUCAGAGAAGUAGUAUCAGGCUUCAUAGCAAUCAGAGGUGCAUUGCUCUUUUUUCUGGGAUCCACUCUUCCAUCUUGAAACAAGUAACCUAUCUCGAGGAUCAGCUCAGCAGCAAGGUAAGCUCCAGAAGGUGUUCGUAAUGACAUGUGAGCUAAUAUGGCUGACCAAGCAUUGGCAGGAGGAUAUUGUUCCAUCUCGAUCAACUUUCGUAAGAUGGUUGAUGCUGGAACCGGUAACCCACACUUGGCAAGGCUGAGAGAGAGAUAAAUCAAUGGCUCCUUAUCCAACAAUGUCUGCUUACUCUCCACGAUAGCUUGUUCCACAAGGGAAUAUGCCUUCUCGAGCCACGGGGCAUCGAGGGUUUCUGCAAAGCUUGUUAAGAGCUUGCUCAAGAGGGACUUCCUAGGGAACCCUUCCAUCUGCAUAUGCCGUUCAAACAGUUUCCAUGAAUCACUGAACCUAUGUUCAUCUAGUGCAGUUUCUAUCUCCAUGCUUAGUUUACCUGGGUCUCGAGCCUGAACCAAGACUGUAUCGCCCAUACUUGAGAAACAUCUAGGGGAAUGAAUGGAAGGAUAACUGAAUCUAGACACGGGAAUCAACCCAUUUGAG